GAAGAAAGAAAAGGAGUCCCGUAGAUCCACCCACAGCCGGUGUUGUACGGUCGCGUACUGCUUUGCGCUUGGUUCGUACUUCACUCUUCAAAUCAACGACGUGUGGAUCAUGUUCAGGCGGCUGACUGCUGAUGCUCGCAUGCAGGUUCUACUGUAGGAGCACACACACACCCAAUCAUUUCCCCAGUUUGUCACUAAACUAAAGCCUGUCACUACUGAACACUAGACUCCGUCACAGCGAGGAUUGUAGAAGACAGUUGCGGGCGACUUUAUUCUCAAAAACGUGCUGUGGAUUUGACGGCUGCUGCCAAAGAAUGCCUCCCCUCCAGAUAUGAGUUUGAGACAAUGAGGAUUCUCUCUACGAACGGCCAUUGAUUGAUCGAGUUGCGCAAUUACUUCCCGCGACAGCAACUAGCAGCUACAAGAGAUCAACAGAGAACUAUUCGUUGUAGAGAAACGACUCGCACCCCUGAAAACGGCUGCUGAGAGUUCUACUGGCGACACUUCACAGGGCGAUCACGUUGGCCAAAGAGCUCAGCUCUGGAACGCCGCCUGCUCUCCUUCCAGGUCGAUCAGAGAUGACGGAGUCGCGCGGGGAGCGCCAUUCUCCAAGGGGACAAUCUCCACAGAUCCCCACUCUCCCGAGUGGCUAUCGGGAAACGCUGACGGAUGGCGACGUGGAAGUUCUCAUCUACUACUUGGGCUGUCUGGCACAGGCAUCCUACAUUGUCAGGGAUCGCAAGGCAAAGACGGCAUUUGUGAUUGACCCCAGACGUGAUGUGGAUGCGUAUACGGAGGAACUGGCGGCGCAUCGGACGAGACUGAAGGGUGUAUUUCUGACGCAUAUACACGCCGACUUUGUGUCCGGCCAUGCCGAGCUUGGUCGCCGCGGUGAUGCGGAUAUCUACAUGGGGCCAGGCGUCAAGAAGCGGGCCGGGUUCGAGGUGCUGGAGGUGGAAGAUGGAAAGCACAUCAAACUGUCUGAUCGCUACAGCCUACAGUCCAUGCAUUCGCCCGGACACACGCCCGAGUCAACCACGUGGGUGUUGACGGAACGUAACCUCGGCGUUGAUCCUGACCAGACAAGUGGAAACGUCCCGCUCUUUGCAUUCACAGGUGACACACUGUUCAUUGGAUCAUGUGGUCGUCCUGAUCUUGUUGGCAGUCUCGGGUACACUGCUGAGGAUAUGGCUAAACUCAUGUACAAAUCUCUACAUACCAAACUCAUGCAGCUGCCCGACAAUGUCAAGGUACUACCAGCUCAUGGUGCUGGUUCUCCGUGUGGAAAGUCACUCAGCGACGCACUCUGGUCCACCAUUGGGGAGCAGAAACAGAUGAAUCCAGCGUUGCAGAUCAAAGAUGCCAACCUAUUUGUAGCAUAUCUUACCGAAGGUCAACCUCACUCUCCACAGUAUUUUCACAACAGUGUGGAAACAAACUUGAAAGGUGCUGGUCACCUGAAGUCCGAUGUCCUGGGAGCCGAGUGGAAAUCAGCUGUGGACGCCCUCAGCGAGAUCAGUGAACUCAGCGAGGCGAUUAUUCUGGAUACGAGAGAUGCAUCCCAGUUCGCCAAAGGACAUCUUGCCGGUGCUCUGAACGUUCCUAAAGGUGGUUGUGGAGGCACAGUGGUAUUGGCGCAUGAAGGCAACUUUGCUAUUUGGGUUGGUACCCUCAUCUCCAAGGACUGUAAGAUCUUUGUAAUCGCACCGACAGGACAGGAGUACGAGUCUCUGGAGCGGCUCGCCAGAAUCGGCUAUACCGCUCAUGCUGUUAUCACGGGUGAGCUGCAGCAAUGGCAAGAUGACGGUGUUGAUCUUGUAUGCCAACAGCAGCUCUAUCCGAGAGACGAGGAGAGUAUCGGUAGCCUGGUGGCUGAGUCCUCUGUGAUUGUGGAUGUGAGAACGCCCGGCGAGUAUUCCUCCAAUCGUAUGCAGACUGCGGUGAACUGGCCCCUAGCGCAGAUCGCUGAGCAUGUCGAGGCGGCCGAUAGGUCCAAGACGUACUAUUGCUACUGUGUCAGCGGCUUCCGUUCCGCCAUCGGUGCGUCCUGGCUGAGCAGAGCUGGCUUGAGCUCCGUCAACAUGCUGGGUGGCUUUGCUACACUCGGAGUAAACUUCACACACCUGACCGCUACCGGCAAGGUAUGCCCCGUGAUGCGUAAGACGGCCGACGCUGUAGCCAAGCUGUAUGAAUAGCAGACUGUCAAGCACUCAAGCAAGGAUACAUUCCUGGGUAUGCGCUUCUACGAUGUAGAACUCAGUGGCCGCUGCCAACCUCUUCUUUGAGAUCGUUUAACACGGUGUUCUCAAUUUUGGACAGCGAAUGUUCAACCUCCUGUAUACGUUUGUCUUGUAUACCUACUGGAAAGCAGCGUUCCCUUCGUCAUCAACACUUUCUUCCCAUGUGAUUCCGUAGUUGAAAUCUUUAGGACCUUUUUUUAUACUACAUCCAGCCACUGUUGAUCAGUCAUAUUUAGAAUAUUUGAAAUUGAUCUCUCUCUCUUUUUUUUAAUUCCCUUCCUGACUCACUCAAACCCGCAUGUACCGAAAAACAUGUACCGACUUUGUAGUGGCCUUUUUUAGAAUGCCAAUAAUUUUUAUUUGCGGCACGAGUGUUUUGCCGUAGCCGUUUUAGUUUGCAUGUACCGCACUCCAUUAUUCACGCCGGUGUCUGGGGAUAUGGGGAUUUUGUAGAAAAACAUGUUUUGUUCGUUGCGCCAUCGUAGUGUGACACAAUA